AUGACUCCAACUGCACCCUACCUUGCUCGCGAAAUUAUCAUCAAAAUCCUCCUUUGGCUACCAUUAGCUUCCUUUUAUAAUGCAUCUCUGGUAUGCAAGGAGUGGCACAGUAUAAUUUGGGACCCUAAUUUCCUCAGAGCAUACUACCUUGAUGAUCUAGGAUUCACUUUGCUACUUCAAGAGCCAACAUUGAGACUGUAUGAGACUUACCUUGAUGAUCUAGGAAGCUUGUUUUCAAAAAUAGCAUCAGCACCUGUUCAAGAGACAAGAUUGAGACAGUAUAAGACCUAUCUUGUUACAAUGACAGCACGUGUUCGCAUCACAGGAAGGAUUGUAAGUUCCUGUAACCAGUUGGCAUUGAUAAAACCCAAGGUGGAAAAGCCUAACCUCUUUGUUAUCAACUUUGCUACCCAAGAAAUCCUUGAGCUUCCUCAGAGGCCCUUGUCAUUAAUUGAUGAAGAGUAUCUCAACUAUUAUGCACUUGGGUUUAAUCCUACAACUAAAGAAUACAAGGUGGUUUGUUUUGGAAGGACUUACGAAAACAAUGACAUCAAAUGUGGGGUACUGACCCAAGGCUCUACAACAUGGAGACCAAUCAAUGAAACUCUUGAUGGAUUCAUUGUUCCAGGGAAGUCGGUUUCUAUUAAUGGGUUUCUGCACUGGCAUGGAGAUGUCUUCACUAGGUAUUCUACUAAGAUAAUCUCUAUGGAUUUGGAUACUGAGAAGAUUCUUGAAACUCCUGUGCCUAUCAUUUAUAUUCCACAGCAUCCUUGUGCUUUCGAUCUUCUUGAAAUUGACGGCCGUCUUUCCCUGAUCGAGUAUGAAGUAAGCUGCCAAAUUCAAUUUAAGAUUUGGAGUUUGGAAGAUAUCUCUGAGAAUACAUGGGAAAGAAUAUUCAAUGUUAGCUUGGAAAGUAUAAGAUGUGAACCAGUUCAAUCCUUGGAUGAUCUCUACCAUAUUGGAAGCCUUUACAAUGGGAAAUUCCUACUUUUUAAACAGCAAAAGAAAUGGGUGAACAAAUUGGAUUAUUUUGUUGUGGAUGUGGUGAAACAGGAGAUGAAGCCGGUGGCUAUUGAUAUCAGGAUGUUAUCCGGUUGGAAUGCUUGCUCCCUUGACAUGUCCUCGGGUUCGCCUUUCUGA